AUGGAUAUUAGAGGUUUAUUUAAUCAAAAAUACACUUUACGAUGUACAAUUUUAAACGAGAAUAGAAAAAAUAAAAAAAAAUUCUUUAAAUUAGAACAAUCAUUAAAUACUGCAGGCAAAGGACAUAUAAAUAUCUUAAAAUACUUGAUUGAAACUUAUGGAAAUCAUGAUGUAAAGAUCACUACGAAAUCGAUGAAUUGCGCUGCGAGCAAUGGUCAUCUCCAAGUCUUGAAAUGGAUGUAUCAGACUGGCGAUUCAACAGCUACCGUUUGUAAUCAUCUUGGUUUAGAUGCAGCCGCUGACAAUCGCAAAUUGGAAACGGUUCAAUUCCUCCUCGAAAUGAAGGUUAUUCCAAAUUUAGCAGCUGCACAUGCUGCACACAAUGGACAUCUCGAUAUCCUGAUCGCUCUAGAUCAGUUCAACCAUCUCCCCACUACUACUGUUGCUUUAGAUAAUGCAGCUGCGCGAGGACACAUGAAAAUUGUACGGUUCCUUCAUAGUAGACAAGCGAAAUGCACUACAAACGCCAUCAACUAUGCUGCCUACAAUGGACAUUAUCAAGUGGUUCACUUCCUAUUGGAGAAUAGAAGUGAAGGAUGCACACGGGAAGCAAUGGACCUGAGUUCUAUGCAUGGACAUUUGGAUAUUGUGAAGCUACUUCACGAACGAUCGGACAAAGGAUGCUCACAGUCAGCCGUAGAUCUUGCAGCUGGUAACUGUCAUUUCCAUGUGGUCCAAUUUCUCAUUGAAAAUCGUAAGGAAGGCUGUAGUGUCUAUGCUCUUUCUAAUGCAAUCAUAAUUGGUCAUUUACCAAUGUUUCAGUACCUCGCAGAGAAGACCGCAUUUCUCAAAGAUGAAGAAGUCGUUGAGCGACUGUAUGAAAUUGCAAAAUCACAUGAUAAAUUGGAAAUAGUUGAAUUUCUAAAGAAUAAUUUCACACAUUUACAAAGUCUGACUAUCAUUGCAAAAUUUAAUGAUCAAUCAAUAUACUAUAGAUAUAGAUUUGAAACCUAUUCUAUCAUUCAUUUUCUUCUCAAAUUUAUAACAGUAAGUGGUCAGUGGAGCAGAUGUCUUAUUCAAAGAUCCUUCCUAAAGAAUUCAAAAUGUCUUGAAUAUUUAUACAGAGUAUGCAACGUUAGAUUAGAUAUCUAUGGUCAUCAAGAUUAUCAAGACAGAGGGUUCAGCGAUGCCAAUGAAAGUACAGUAGGAGACGGGCCUGCUACACAAAGCCAAGGUGUGCUAUUGAGAUAUAUUUAUUAUCAACAACAACAACAACAACUACAACAACGACAACAACAACAUUUUGAAAUAUUAUCUAUUAGAUUAAUAACAAUAGAAAUUAUAAAAUGUAACGCAGAGACAAUAACAUUUAGAGCAGAUCUCCAAAUAUCAAUGACAAUUGUAAAUAGUGGUGAUCAAAAAUGUAUAUAG